AUGUUGGAAUAUUAUUAUCGUGUUCCACAACAAAUUUAUGAAUUAAUCGAUAAAUUAACUCAAUGUUGGCAAUUAAAUAAUCAUGCACAAUAUGUAAAUUCUGAACAUUCAAUACAACCAUUAACAGAUUCAUCUUUAAAUAUAAUUUGUAAACAAAAUAAUUUAUCAAAAAGUGAAGUUAAUAACGAAUCAAUAGGAAUUAAUAAUUCAUCUGUAUCUCUACUAGCAACAACAACAAUAAGUACAAAUAAAUCAAAUUUAGCACGAUUAGGUAUUUUAUUAGCGGGAAAACAAGCGGCUUGUAAUAAUAAUAAUGUGAACAAUUAUGAUGGAUCAACUUUUACACUUAUUGAUAGUACAGAAGAUGAAGCAGAUAGCAAUAUUGGUUUAUUUAAACAAUGA